AUGCCCGCAGAGAAAGAAGGCGAGUGUGGAGGUCUGCAGUGGUCCGUGGCCGACGCGGGGGUGCGGGUUCUGCAGCCGUGCAUUGGAAACCUGAGCUACAACAAGUUGACAGAGAUUGAUCCUUCUGCCUUUGCAGAGCUGUUGAACCUGCAGGAAGUGAGACUGGACAACAACGAGCUGAGUGCCAUUCCCUCCCUGGGACCUGCUGCUGCCAGCGUGCGCUCCCUGCACCUGCAUCACAACAGGAUCCGCAGCAUUGAAGGCAGUCGGCUGCAGCCCUACGUUACCCUGGAAACCCUGGACCUGAGCUUCAAUGACAUCACGGAAAUCCGAAACGGCUGCUUUCCACAGGGACUUCACAUAAAGGAGCUCUACCUGGGGAGCAACAGAAUCAGCACCCUGGAGCCUGGAGCCUUUGAUAGCCUGUCACGGUCCCUGCUGACACUUCGUCUGAGCAAAAACAGGAUCACUCAGCUUCCUGUCAAGGCAUUCAGGCUGCCCAGGCUGAUACAGCUGGAGCUGAACCGAAAUCGCAUCCGCCUGAUCGAAGGGCUGACGUUCCAGGGCCUGGACAGCUUGGAAGUGCUGAAACUGCAGCGCAACAACAUCAGCAAACUGACUGAUGGGGCCUUCUGGGGUCUGGCCAAAAUGCAAGUUCUCCACCUGGAAUAUAACAGCCUGACAGAAGUGAACAGUGGCUCUCUCUAUGGCCUUUCCUCCCUGCACCAGCUUCACCUCAGCAACAAUUCCAUAUCCCGCAUCAACCCCGAUGGCUGGAGCUUCUGCCAGAAGCUGCAUGAGCUGAUCCUCUCCUACAACAACCUGAGCAGGCUGGACGAGGGAAGCCUGGCAGACCUCGGGGGCCUGCACGUGCUGCGGCUGAGCCACAAUUCCAUCAAUCACAUUGCAGAAGGGGCUUUCAGGGGACUCAAAAACCUCCGUGUCCUGGAACUGGACCACAACGAGAUCUCAGGCACAAUAGAAGAUACCAAUGGAGCCUUUACAGGCCUGGAAAACCUGAGCAAGCUAACUCUGUUUGGAAACAAGAUCAAGUCGGUGGCCAAGAAAGCUUUCUCAGGGUUGGAGGCUCUGGAGCACCUGAACCUCGGGGACAACGCCAUCCGCUCCAUCCAAGGGGACGCCUUUGGCAGGAUGAGGAGCCUGCGGCAGCUCCACAUCAACAGUGACAGCUUCCUCUGUGACUGCCAGCUGAAGUGGCUGCCCCAGUGGUUAGUGGAGAAGGAGCUGCAGUCCUUUGUGGUGGCCACCUGUGCCCAUCCUGAGUCACUGAAAAGCAAGAGCAUUUUUGCCAUCCAGCCAGAGAGUUUUGUGUGUGACGAUUUCCCCAAGCCUCAGAUCAUCAUCCAGCCCGAGACGACGGUGGCCGUGCUUGGCAAGGACAUCCGCUUCACCUGCCUGGCCGCCAGCAGCAGCAGCUCCCCCAUGGUGUUCGCCUGGAAGAAGGACAACGAGAUGCUGCACAACGCCGAGAUCGAGAACUUCGCGCACGUGCGCGCCAAGGACGGGGAGGUGAUGGAGUGCACCACCAUCCUGCACCUGCGGCACGUCACCUUCGCGCACGAGGGCCGCUACCAGUGCGUCAUCACCAACCACUUCGGCUCCACCUACUCCAACAAGGCCCGCCUCACCGUCAAUGUGCUGCCGUCGUUUAUCAAGACGCCGCACGACAUCACGAGCCGGACGGGGACGACGGCGCGGCUGGAGUGCGCGGCCGAGGGGCACCCGCCGCCGCAGAUCGCCUGGCAGAAGGACGGCGGCACCGACUUCCCCGCCGCCCGCGAGCGCCGCAUGCACGUCAUGCCCGACGACGACGUCUUCUUCAUCACCGACGUCAAGGUGGAGGACAUGGGCGUCUACAGCUGCACGGCCCAGAACUCUGCCGGCUCCGUGCUGGCCAACGCCACCCUCACCGUGCUGGAGACGCCGUCCUUGCUCCAUCCCCUGGAAGACCACGUGGUGUCGGUGGGCGAGACCGUGGCGCUGCAGUGCAAGGCCACGGGCAGCCCCCCGCCCCGCAUCACCUGGCUGAAGGGCGACCAGCCCCUGGUGCUGACGGAGAGGCACCACCUGGCCUCGGGCAAGCAGCUGCUGGUGGUGCGCGGCGCGGUGCCGGAGGACGCGGGCCGCUACACGUGCGAGAUGUCCAACACGCUGGGCACGGAGCGCGCGCACAGCCACGUCAGCGUGCUGCCCGCGCUGGGCUGCCGCAGGGACCGCACCACGCUGGGCAUCAUCACCAUCGCCGUGGUCUGCAGCAUCGUGCUCACCUCCCUCGUCUGGGUCUGCAUCAUCUACCAGACCAGGAAGAAGAGCGAGGAGUACAGCGUCACCAACACAGAUGAGACUAUUGUGCCUCCUGAUGUGCCAAGCUACUUGUCCUCCCAAGGGACUCUGUCGGAGCGCCAGGAAGUGGCCAUUGGAGUGGACAGCCAGCAGCCCAAUGGGCACAUUGACAGCAACGGGAUGUGUCAGGCUGAUGCUGGAAGGUGUCCAGAUGUUGAAGCUCCUGCUGUAGGUUGUAGACAGCCCAAGCUGUGUAUCAGCUAUAAUAAAGACACUUGGAAAACUGAGGACAUGGCCGAUGGAAUGCUUGUUCCAGAUAAGACAGGCUUCGGGCUGCCCGUGGUGUGCAGGGAGUGCAGCGGCAGCACGGACAGCGUGAGCGCGCACACGCACCCCAGGGACUCGGAGAGCCUCAGGGCUGUGGAGAGCGCCCAGCCCAGUGCACUGAGCAGCAAGGAGCACCCCAGGAAGAGGGCUGCAGGCACCACCAGCCUUCUCCAUGCUCAGCCCUGCAAUGGGAUUGCCAGUGGCAAGAGGCUGGAGACAGACGGGACCCUCUACCCCAGCAACCACGACAGGAUAAGGGCGGAGGGCGCGGGCGGCUCUUCACAAGCAGCAGCAAAGCCUUCAGAGCUCAACAACCUUAAUUUGGUGAGAGCUUCACCCGCAGGAGGGUCACUAAAGCAACUGAACGUGCUUCCCGAAAUAUGCCCAGCACUACUGGAUCUGCAGAGGGAGGCAGAGGUGGAGCAGGCUCUCCUGCCCAGCAGCAGCACAGCCCAGCCCCACGACUCCACCCACGAGCCCAAGCUGCCCAGCAGGUCCCUGGACUGAGAGCACAGACUGACUGCCACGUGCAAAUUAACAAACACACUAU